GCUCGUAGUGCGGAAGGUUGGCGGGCAGUAGCGGCCAAUCAGACAGACGGACGUGUAGGGGAACUAAAACUACAGAUAGCGACCUGAUAUCUACCCCGCCAGCCUUCAUGAUUGCGCUGAGGUACCUGAGGCACCCCGCCACCCAGAUAAACCUCAUUUGGCCCCAAGCCCACUGCACACACACGGUGUUGCCCUUUAGGUAGUGAGGAGAGACAGGUACCAGCAGGAGCAGUAGUGGUAACAACAGCAGGAUGGAGAGCUUCAGCAAGAUCCUGCCAUACUCCUGCUAUGAGCUCGGCCACUGCUGGAAACACUCGUGCUCCUCAGCCUCCUUUGAAAUCUGUAUCAUUGGGUUCAUUGAAAGCAUCAAAAUCUAUGGUGUGGUGUACUUGCUAACCGGUCUUGUGAAUGCUCGGAAAAUAAGUAUGAAGUAUGGAAAAAAGCUCUUGAAAAACUACUUAACAUCAGUUUGUUUCCUGACAGUCAAUGCUUUUGGGUACAUUGGCUCCUACUGUGUUGUCAGAAGGUGGAAUUUGAGUCGGCCAAGCUUCAGAAAUGCAGGAAGGAUUAGCGGUGAUGACUGCAGGCUGCCAUCGACCCACAGGUCAUCACAGGAAUCAAAUGCAGCAUCAGUAUGGCUCACCAAACACUUCCCCUCACACUGGUGGUGUUGACCUGCCUUGUGAACACCUGCCCUCCUGUGUUCCUGCCCUUAAUAGCCCUCCAGGUGACAUCAGAAUGUGGAUGAGGGGACAAGAGAGCCAGUGUUCCAAGUACCACCACCAUCACCACUGCCACCACCACCACCACCACCAUCAGGAGCACAGAUUCACUGAAGUCUCUACCAAGAUUUCUUUGAGUUUUUUGAUAAAUUUAACUUCCAGGAGAGAGAGAGACAGAGAGAUGAUUGUUAAAGGCAGUGUGUGAAGCCUGCCCACUGUCUUUGUAUAUACAGGUUAGGGUGUGUGUGUGUGUGUGUGUGUGUGUGUGUGUGUGUGUGUGUGUGUGUGUGUGUGUGUGUGUGUGAGUGUUUGUUUGUUUUGUAUCCUCCACACUGCUUGUCUUAAUCUAGCUUGCCAAACUAAAUGAAGUCAUCCACAGCCACAGCCUUAUUCUUCCUUUCAUUUGUAUCUACACAGUCCUAUGAGCAGCUCCUCCUCCUCCUCCUCCUCCUCCUCCUCCUCCUCCUCCUCCUCCUCCUCCUCCUCCUCCUCCUCCUCCUCCUCCUCCUCCUCCUCCUUGUCUUCCUUCUAUUAUUCCUGUUUCCUUGUAUGUCUUAUUCCUCCUCCUCCUCCUCCUCCUCUUAAUGUUUUCUCUUUCACUGCUGUUCAUGAAAGUGUUGAAGAAAUAUUAGUUAUAUCUGGCAGUGAUCAGACCUCAUGUACAGAUGUGGUCCCUUACUACAGACACAGCCUAAGGUAACCUAACCCAAUCAUUUCAGAAGGUGGAAUUUGAGUCGGCCAAGCUUCAGAAAUGCAGGAAGGAUUAGCGGUGAUGACUGCAGGCUGCCAUCGACCCGCAGGUCAUCACAGGAAUCAAAUGCAGCAUCAGUAUGGCUCACCAAACACUUCCCCUCACACUGGUGGUGUUGACCUGCCUUGUGAACACCUGCCCUCCUGUGUUCCUGCCCUUAAUAGCCCUCCAGGUGACAUCAGAAUGUGGAUGAGGGGACAAGAGAGCCAGUGUUCCAAGUACCACCACCAUCACCACUGCCACCACCACCACCACCACCAUCAGGAGCACAGAUUCACUGAAGUCUCUACCAAGAUUUCUUUGAGUUUUUUGAUAAAUUUAACUUCCAGGAGAGAGAGAGACAGAGAGAUGAUUGUUAAAGGCAGUGUGUGAAGCCUGCCCACUGUCUUUGUAUAUACAGAAGGUGGAAUUUGAGUCGGCCAAGCCUCAGAAAUGCAGGAAGGAUUAGCGGUGAUGACUGCUGGCUACCAUUGACCUGCAGGUGUGAUGGUGCCCGACCAGCUGGUACACAUCAGUGAGAUGGUGGUGGUGCUGGAAAACAGCUGGUUUGCCAAGUGCAGCGUCAGGCAGGCCGCCCGCCCACACAGUCACCAGAAGGAUCACAGGUCAUCACAGGAAUCAAAUGCAGCAUCAGUAUGGCUCACCAAACACUUCCCCUCACACUGGUGGUGUUGACCUGCCUUGUGAACACCUGCCCUCCUGUGUUCCUGCCCUUAAUAGCCCUCCAGGUGACAUCAGAAUGUGGAUGAGGGGACAAGAGAGCCAGUGUUCCAAGUACCACCACCAUCACCACUGCCACCACCACCACCACCACCAUCAGGAGCACAGAUUCACUGAAGUCUCUACCAAGAUUUCUUUGAGUUUUUUGAUAAAUUUAACUUCCAGGAGAGAGAGAGACAGAGAGAUGAUUGUUAAAGGCAGUGUGUGAAGCCUGCCCACUGUCUUUGUAUAUACAGAAGGUGGAAUUUGAGUCGGCCAAGCCUCAGAAAUGCAGGAAGGAUUAGCGGUGAUGACUGCUGGCUGCCAUUGACCUGCAGGUGUGAUGGUGCCCGACCAGCUGGUACACAUCAGUGAGAUGGUGGUGGUGCUGGAAAACAGCUGGUUUGCCAAGUGCAGCGUCAGGCAGGCUGCCCGCCCACACAGUCACCAGAAGGAUCACAGGAUUUGAUAUCAAAGCUGGUGCAGGAAAAGGAAGCAGAUCGUGACCUUGAGCAGCUCGGGAAGAUAAGCAGCGUCCUUAAGAGAACAGUUGCUGUCAUUAGCAGAGUUGGAACCAGUGUGUGUGAGACGCACACCAGCAGUGGAAAGGUGGCUGAUGAGCACCUCAAGCACUCUGAAAAGGUGGAGCAACAACAAGAAACAGAAAAUUGCAUCCAUCAUUCUUUGCCUGAGGAGGGAAUUGAUGCUCUGUUGACCCUUGACAGUGACGUCCCUCAUGAGGAGAAUAUGAAUCCUACAGAACUUGCCCAUAGAAAGACCAAAACUGUUACUGCUGCCACUACCACUGCUUCCACUGCCACCAAAAGCCCAACUGUGCAAAGAAUCCUGGACCUCCUCAAUGAAAUGGAGUCCACCAGUCAGCUGGAGCACUCUAGCCUCCAAAAGUUCCAUCUGUGUCCAUUGUUUCCAGCGAGGAGUGAUGAAGCAGCAAGCUCGAGAACGCCAGUUAGAACUUGCCAGUCUCCGUCAUGAAUGAGAGGAAAUGAAGCAAAACCACUCUGCAAAUUAUCAUUCAAAAUGUCCUUCAAAGAAAGCCCUCUGUAAUCCAACACACUUAGCCCAUUAUUCCUUCCAUUUCUCAUCAAUUUGUUCAACAUUCAUAUUUUUCCCUUAUAGGGUUGAACAAUUUUCAUGGGUUCAGAGCAAAAGGCUUCCUCAUUCCUCCCCAAGGUAUUCUCUGAUGGUAAGCAGGUUUGACUCUGGAGCAAACCUGACCAAGGGCUACUGCCCAAGGCUACAGAGGUUCCUCUCCCUGAGGCUGAAUGCACCAUGUGAGAUGGUUCUGUUAUGUGGAUGAAUGUCAUGAUGGAUAGUAGUGCCACCACAUUCCUACAAUCAUCCAUCACUCCACUGCUCAAACGCUUCUGCAACCAAUGAUAGGUAUGCUGCCACAUUCUGCAUGGUCUCCUUGGCUCUCAGAUAAGGAUACUGUCAACAGGUUUGGGAUUGCCAAAAAAUCAUAAGGAGCUAUGUCUGAAAAGUCCAGAGAGAGAGAGAGAGAGAGAGAGAGAGAGAGAGAGAGAGAGAGAGAGAGAGAGAGAGAGAGAGAAUGAGCAAGAGAAAGAGUAGGAUGAAGCAAAGGAAGAGUCAAGAGGGAGGAAGAGAGAGUAGGACAAGAAAAAACAGAACAAAUAAAUCCCCUACACGUCUUGUCUCCAUUCACACAAGCCAUGAAAAGCUUGUCCAUCCCUGAGUGCUCAGAAGCAGUGUUCCACUGAUGAUGUGGAAACUUGAGACACCCAAUCAUUUAAUGGGCUUUAGUAGGUUUUGUCACCAGUCUUCUGUGUCACUGACUACAUUUUGAAAUUUUUAUCUGUUCUAUUUAAUUUUGUGUGUAUGUACACAAUGUUUAUGGUCAAUAAACUAUUUAUAAAACUAUUUAUCUGUGUAAGAUAAAAGCAGUUAUUGUUAUUAUUAUUAUUAUUAUUAUUAUUAUUAUUAUUACACAUUUUCCUCCUUGUAUUUAAAUAUUAUUAUUAUUAUUAUUAUUAUUAUUAUUAUUAUUAUUAUUAUUAUUAUUAUUAUUAUCAUGAAUUGUUCGUUUAUAAAUAAAUACUGUAACUGAU